AUGAUAUCUAUAUUUUCAGCUCAAUCAGAAGGUGAGAGGACUGUAACAUUGCAAGUAGAUGGCGAAGAGUCAACGCUAGAAUUUGUACAAUCAGAAGAUUUUCAGGACCAAGAGGAAAGUUUUCAAAUUGACGGUUUUGUCGUUGUUUACUGCAUCACAGAGAGAGCUACAUUCGAGAUUGCAAUAGAUCUGCUGAAGCAAAUACGGGACGAAGUAGGCUCAAAUAAAGCUAUAAUCCUUGUUGGUAACAAAUCCGACCUGGUUCAUAGGAGGACCAUCAGUCAGGAAGAAGGACGGUCUGCUGCGGAUGCAUACGGUUGUAAAUAUAUUGAACUUUCUGCAGCACUUAAUCAUCAUGUGGAUGAACUACUUGUAGGUAUACACAAACAAAUAAAACUGAAAUCCGAAGCUGACAGUGAGGAACUUGAGAGUAAAGUUCCCAAAGCGAAAGAGAGAAAGAGCUCAUUCAAGAGAACUAAACGGUUUCUGGAAAAAGUGUUUCUUGGACACAGUGGUAAAGACAAGAAAACAGAAAAUUUGUAUGUAGAAUAA